AUGGCUGAUGAUGAUGAUGAUGAUGAUGAUGAUGAUGAUGAUGAUGAUGAUGAUGAUGAUGAUGAUGAUGAUGAUGAUGAUGAUGAUGAUGAUGAUGAUGAUGAUGAUGAUGAUGAUGAUGAUGAUGAUGAUGAUGAUGAUGAUGAUGAUGAUGAUGAUGAUGAUGAUGAUGAUGAUGAUGAUGAUGAUGAUGAUGAUGAUGAUGAUGAUGAUGAUGAUGAUGAUGAUGAUGAUGAUGAUGAUGAUGAUGAUGAUGAUGAUGAUGAUGAUGAUGAUGAUGAUGAUGAUGAUGAUGAUGAUGAUGAUGAUGAUGAUGAUGAUGAUGAUGAUGAUGAUGAUGAUGAUGAUGAUGAUGAUGAUGAUGAUGAUGAUGAUGAUGAUGAUGAUGAUGAUGAUGAUGAUGAUGAUGAUGAUGAUGAUGAUGAUGAUGAUGAUGAUGAUGAUGAUGAUGAUGAUGAUGAUGAUGAUGAUGAUGAUGAUGAUGAUGAUGAUGAUGAUGAUGAUGAUGAUGAUGAUGAUGAUGAUGAUGAUGAUGAUGAUGAUGAUGAUGAUGAUGAUGAUGAUGAUGAUGAUGAUGAUGAUGAUGAUGAUGAUGAUGAUGAUGAUGAUGAUGAUGAUGAUGAUGAUGAUGAUGAUGAUGAUGAUGAUGAUGAUGAUGAUGAUGAUGAUGAUGAUGAUGAUGAUGAUGAUGAUGAUGAUGAUGAUGAUGAUGAUGAUGAUGAUGAUGAUGAUGAUGAUGAUGAUGAUGAUGAUGAUGAUGAUGAUGAUGAUGAUGAUGAUGAUGAUGAUGAUGAUGAUGAUGAUGAUGAUGAUGAUGAUGAUGAUGAUGAUGAUGAUGAUGAUGAUGAUGAUGAUGAUGAUGAUGAUGAUGAUGAUGAUGAUGAUGAUGAUGAUGAUGAUGAUGAUGAUGAUGAUGAUGAUGAUGAUGAUGAUGAUGAUGAUGAUGAUGAUGAUGAUGAUGAUGAUGAUGAUGAUGAUGAUGAUGAUGAUGAUGAUGAUGAUGAUGAUGAUGAUGAUGAUGAUGAUGAUGAUGAUGAUGAUGAUGAUGAUGAUGAUGAUGAUGAUGAUGAUGAUGAUGAUGAUGAUGAUGAUGAUGAUGAUGAUGAUGAUGAUGAUGAUGAUGAUGAUGAUGAUGAUGAUGAUGAUGAUGAUGAUGAUGAUGAUGAUGAUGAUGAUGAUGAUGAUGAUGAUGAUGAUGAUGAUGAUGAUGAUGAUGAUGAUGAUGAUGAUGAUGAUGAUGAUGAUGAUGAUGAUGAUGAUGAUGAUGAUGAUGAUGAUGAUGAUGAUGAUGAUGAUGAUGAUGAUGAUGAUGAUGAUGAUGAUGAUGAUGAUGAUGAUGAUGAUGAUGAUGAUGAUGAUGAUGAUGAUGAUGAUGAUGAUGAUGAUGAUGAUGAUGAUGAUGAUGAUGAUGAUGAUGAUGAUGAUGAUGAUGAUGAUGAUGAUGAUGAUGAUGAUGAUGAUGAUGAUGAUGAUGAUGAUGAUGAUGAUGAUGAUGAUGAUGAUGAUGAUGAUGAUGAUGAUGAUGAUGAUGAUGAUGAUGAUGAUGAUGAUGAUGAUGAUGAUGAUGAUGAUGAUGAUGAUGAUGAUGAUGAUGAUGAUGAUGAUGAUGAUGAUGAUGAUGAUGAUGAUGAUGAUGAUGAUGAUGAUGAUGAUGAUGAUGAUGAUGAUGAUGAUGAUGAUGAUGAUGAUGAUGAUGAUGAUGAUGAUGAUGAUGAUGAUGAUGAUGAUGAUGAUGAUGAUGAUGAUGAUGAUGAUGAUGAUGAUGAUGAUGAUGAUGAGAGAACUGAGAACUGA